AAACUGCAGCAGCUCUCUUUAUCCUCCAGAGGCCAUGCUGGAGUUUGAAUGGACAAGCAGGCGGCACUGAGCACAGCUUCUAUCAUCCCCUGCUCCGUUUUAAAUUAGGGGAAAAGUUUCUACAUUUGACAGCACCCUGGUGUUUUCAGGGUCCUCCGACAACAUGGAGUACUGGAGGCAAUGUGCGAUGUGGCUGAUCAGCUGCAACGUGCUGCCAGAGAACCACCGAGUAACUGCGGAUACAGCGCAGGUGUUCGACUUGGCGCAAACCUUGCGGGACGGGGUGUUGCUGUGCCAGCUGCUAAACAACCUGAGACCUCACACCAUCAACCUGAAGGAGAUCAAUAUCCGGCCACAAAUGUCACAGUUUCUGUGCUUGAAGAACAUCCGGGUAUUCCUGACAUCUUGCAGUGAAGUGUUCGGGAUGAAGAAAAGUGACUUAUUUGAUGCUUUUGAUCUCUUUGAUGUUCGAGAUUUUGGAAAGGUUUUGGACACUUUAUCCAAGCUCUCUUACACGACUAUUACACAUCAAAGGGGAUUCAAGCCAUUUCCAACAGAGGAGAGCCUAAAAGAUGAGGACAUUUACAGUACUCUGGAAGACAUGAUUGAUCAGAAUGGCCCUGAGGAUGAAGAUGACUACGCAGCUGUCUAUGGACCGGAAGAAGACUAUGCAGGUGAAGAGAUCUAUGAAGACCUCAUGAGGAUUGAGCAGCAUCCCCCACUGCAGGAAGAGGUAGAUGUCCGGAGCUGCUGCCUCACAGAGCUCAGACAGACUGAGGAGAAAUACACAGAGACCCUGGAGUCCAUUGAGAAGUAUUUCCUGAAUCCUCUGAAGAAGUUCUUCUCUCUGGCUGAGAUUGAAGAUGUUUUCGUUAAUAUUCCUGACUUGGUUAAGGUUCACAAGAGCCUGGUGGUUGAUAUGCAGGACUCCAUCUUCAACAAAAAUGCCUUAAAUCUCUACCAGAUCUUUGUCCACUACAAAGAGAGAUUGCUCAUUUAUGGGACCUAUUGCAGUCAGGUGGAGUCCGCCAUCGCCACCUUAGACCUCAUCUAUAAAGAGAAAGAGGAUGUUCGUCUGAAACUUCAGGAGUGUUCAAAAAGAGCCAACAGUGGGAAGUUUACACUGAGGGACCUGCUGGUCGUCCCGAUGCAGAGAGUCCUCAAGUACCAUCUCCUUCUUCAGGAGCUAGUCAAACACACCCAUGAUGCUGCUGACAAGAGCAACUUGAAGAUCGCGCUUGUUGCCAUGAAAGACCUGGCUCAGUAUGUCAAUGAGGUGAAGCGAGAUAAUGAGACGCUAAGGGAGAUUGGCCAGUACCAAAGGUCGAUUGAAAACCUGAAUCAAUCUCUAAUCACCUUUGGUCGGCCAAAAGGAGAUGGAGAAGUGCGCAUCCUCUCCAAUGUUGACAAGAGGAAGCAAGACAGACACAUCUUUUUAUUCGACAUGGUUGUCAUCAUUUGCAAGAGACGAGGAGACAACUAUGAGAUGAAAGACAUGCUUGACCUCAAUUACUUCAAAAUCACCAGUAACCCCACCUCUGACAGAGAGUCUAAAAAGUGGUGCUAUGGGUUCUAUGUGAUUCACCAGCAGGGCCAUACAGGCUUUGAAUUCUUUUUUAAGACCAAAGAGCUGCAGAAGAAAUGGCUGGAUCAGUUUGAAAUGGCCAUAUCAAAUAUUCGACCAGAAAAAGCCAGUCACAACUCUCACCAGUUCAAGAUGCACACAUUUGAAGGGAUCACUUCUUGUAGCUACUGCCACCUCUUACUCAGAGGCGUCUUUAACCAGGGUUAUCACUGUCUAAAAUGUGGCCUGGGGGCUCAUAAAGAGUGUCUGGGCCGACUGGAAGUUUGUGGGAAAACAGAUUCUGCCAAGACGAGGCCUAAGGAAAGCACAGCACCACCAGAUCCAGUUUUACCCAGGAUGGUUGUGAUUAGGGACUACAGUGGCAUCCCCAGUCCCCACUGUGGGCCCCCACUAAGCAUUCAUGUGGGGGAUGUCAUUGAACUGAUGUUCGCCGACCUGCGCAGCUCCUGGUGGCAGGGCAAAAUUCUGGCGACAAGCAAGAUUGGCUUCUUUCCAAGUGAUGCUGUGAGGCCUUGCCCGUGUGUACCAAAGCCUGUUGAUUACUCUGCCCAGCUCUGGUAUGCAGGACCUAUGGAGAGAUACCAGGCUGGAGUGGAGCUCCUGGACCAAGAAAACGGCACCUACCUGGUUCGACACAGGAGUAAAGAAUCCUCUGAAUAUGCCAUCAGUAUAAAGUUCAAAGAUAAAGUCAAGCACAUCAAGAUUCUGACCAAGGAUGGCUUCUUUUACAUCGCUGAAAGUCGGCUGUUCAAGACUGUGCUGGACUUAGUGGAGUACUACAAGCAGCACUCUCUGAAGGAGGGUUUCAGCAGUCUUGACACCAUGCUGCAGGUCCCCUAUAGGGAACUGUCCAAUGGAAACAUGCCCAGGGCCAUUACAAAGGCUGGUAGCGUUUCUCCUGGCGGCUGCAGCUUUGUUCCUCCCUCUUUCUCGCCUUUCUGGUCAGGUACAGUGCUUUCUCCCAGGUUGGUGGGUAUUGCAGUGGCACGCUACGACUUCUGCUCCAGAGACACACGAGAGCUUUCACUGCUGCAGGGAGACAUUAUCAAGAUCUACACCAAGAUGUCCAAUGGGUGGUGGAAGGGAGAACUCGACGGCAGGGUGGGUUGGUUUCCUUCUACCUAUGUGGAGGAGGAGGACUGACUUUGCUGGUUGAAUAGCGUCUAUUCAGCGUCCAUUCAGAGCUGACCGCCUCCACUGAGUGCCAUGCUGCUCACCCACUGUCUGUGCCCUGCAAGUCAGAUCUCUUUGAUAAAACCCAGAGACUCGGACUUAAGAGGAAAUGGCAGUGCCCUCAGAAACCUUCUGCUGCCCUCUGACAGACUCUCACACAGAGCAGAUGUCAAAUCACAGAUUCCAGGAGCGUCACGCCAUAUCUCGCCUCUCUGCAGCCCUGUGCCCACACGCAGCCUACUGGGAAGUGCAUGUGCUGUACCCAGAUAACCCUACCCACUCACCUUGUCAAAUUAUUGAUGACUCCAUUGGCUGGUGUGAGACUUGCCUUCACUGUCAUCAUGUUUUGAUACCAGGAAGGCUGGGUCACCCAACUGGAACACAGAUCUUGCUGACAGUAUGCCACCCAGGUGCUCCACUAAAGUGAAAUGCUGGGGCUGAGGAGCUGUGACUGUUGUUGGCUUUGGUGUUCAGCUUUCUAUGACUCCUUUUAUUUUUAAGAAUUUAAAUCACUGGAUUGACAUAAACUAUGUGACAUUUGAAUGCAAUUGUUAUAUUCUAUUAUAACAGGAAAACGGGUCUGGAGAAAAUUAGCAGCUUUUACCUCAUGUAAUUUUUUAUUGAUCACAGUGUUUAUUUGAGUCGUCAGCUCAUCUUUAAGUACUGCCUUCAAGAAGAAGAUCAGUGGUAUUGGUAAACAGAUUUAUAGCACGUUUCUACACACGGAAGCGUACACAAAACACAUUGCACCGUUUUGACCAUUCACGCACACACAACACUUUACACAUCCACACAGCGAUGGCGAUGAGGACCACGAGCAGCUUGGGGUUCAGUGUCUUACCCAAGGACACUUUAGCACAUGGACUAGAGGAGCCAGAGAUUGAACUGCCAACCCUACGGUUAGGGGACAGCCCGCUCUACAUAUACAUGUAUAUGUAUGUAUGUAUGUAUGUAUGUACAUAAGGAAUCAUAAAGCCAGAUAAAAGGUAAAAGUGCAUGUGUGGGGUGAUAGUGUAGUUGUAGGUAUAGGGCUCUACUUCACUUUGAGCUCCUUCAUCUUUUGAUCAUUCACUGUGGAAACCAAAGAGCCUUUUUACAUUCCACAGAGUUUGUGUUUACCUCAAUUCUUUUUAGUUUCAGAAUGAAUGAUUCAAGGGUGAUGUAAGAGCUGUUCACUGUAGAAUGAGGUAGCACAAGGGCGUUAAGUGAUACCGUUUUCAUUCAAACAGUAACACCCCGAUAACUGUGUGUGGCAUCAAUAUUUAAUAUUUAGCACACUCUUUGAAUUGUACUUCAGAAAUUUGAUGGGUCAUUUUUCCAUUUUCAGACAAACUUUACAUCACGUUACCAUGCAGUUACAUCACAAAUCGCAGAUGUGUCUGAAGCAGUUAUCAAGAUGCAACGAGAGAAAAGAGAGACACCUAAAACAGUUCUGCUAUAUAACAUGUAAGUUCAGCAAAGAUCUGUAUUUUCUUUCUGAAAUUACAUGACUGAAAUAGAAAACAGCUUUGGCCCCCUUUCAGUACAUUUGCAACAUGCAAGCUGCUAGUUGCAGCACGGCUUCACUCCUCUCAUGUCAAUUUGGACACAUUUCAAAUAAUUAAAACAAACACCACGCCAAAAUGAGCCCGUUAAUAUUCCCCAAUGUAUAUCCACUUUGCAGGUGACAGUCUUUUAUAAAGCAUGGCAAAUCACAUUUGUGGUAUAAGCCUCUUGUUUUAAGCCUUGUUGAUUCCCACCACAUUAGAGAUUGCUAAAUACAAAGGUUUUCUGAUGCAUUUGUAGUUCCUUGACAACUCUCUUAUAUCAUGCAGAAAUAACCACCUAUCUGCUGUGGUUUACCUAACAGUUUCAGCGAGUGAACUGUAUGCUACCUCAAUCUGCUAGACCAUCGCCAAAUGGUAAAUGGACUGUCUUUUAUAUAGCGCUUUCUCACAGUGUGUUGCACUGGCCAAAGC